CUUGAGCACGAUGUCAUAAAGAAGUGCUUGCUGAUAGUACCGCAAUUACAAGCUUUAGACAGUGGAUUUUGUAGUUUAACAGUACAUUAUGACAAUUAUAGGUGCAAUCACGCGUCAAAGUGUCAAAGUGGUCGCUUGGUGCGCCACUCUGCUAUGCGUGGUGCUGUUGUAUAACUUACUGCACAGCUCCCCACACAGUCGUUAUGGUUUUAUAUUCAGCCUGGAUGAAUAUGAUAAAGUGUUGGCAGACUUAAAUUUACAAUCGGGAGUGGUUCUGCAUGGACAAACCAGCAUCUCCGGGCUCACAGUGAACUACAAAUUCCUGGACCACGCCGGUUAUGAACGUAAGGAGGGUUUGAUAGUGGGUGUGUUGUCCGACGAUAGUGCCAGACGAACAAAUGUCCGGCAGACAUGGGGUAGGAACAGUUAUAGCAAAGUGCUUUUUUUAGUUGAGAAUAUCAAUGGCAGGUGGCCCCAGUCCGAAUUCUAUGAGUUCGGUGAUAUUGUCGUAGUUGACCGCAGGCAGAUCGUAAUGACAGUCCCAGCAGAUGGGAAUCAGACGGAACGGAAAACAAUCAUGCAUGUAGAGGCUGCAGAUAAAGCUAUUGAUACUCAAGCCUUUUUCAAACUCGUGUACAAACACAUGAUUUUCUCCCACGUGAUGAUCACGGCUGACUCCAACUAUGUUGCGCUCGAUUCCGUGAAACAAAUGCUGGAUGCUGCGAACACCGCCUUCUGGGGUUAUGCUGUACCCCACGACAACCAUAGUUUCAACCAAGAGAUAAUGACAAGAUAUCCAGACGAACGUGGGUAUGCAAUUGCCCGAGAUGCUGUGGGCUGCGUAACUAAGAAGCUUGCCACCUUCGAGUAUCUGGCAGAGCACGAGAUGGCAGCUACAAAGCUGUUGGAAGCUUGUGGACACUCGCUAUUUCACAAGGACAAACUAGGCCCAACGCAAGCCUAUAACGGUAAAAAACUCGCAGAUGUCCGUGAUGUAAUCGUUACUGGGGUGCAGACGUGGACUGACAUGAGUCGUAUCGAUCGUGAGAUGAGUAGUAGCUGACCAACAGCGACUUCGCCAUCGGCAUCAUUUUGCCAAGUAACUGAUACACACAUGAUCGAUGUUCCCUAUGACGGUCAUAGAGUCAGUGUCUGUAUUCGUGUCUCUAGAAUUGCAGGUGCAACACGUGUGUCACGGGCACCACUACGAAUCAUUGCCACACAUGCCUGGAGUGAACGAGACAGGGCGUGCGUUCAAAUUUCAUCAGUUUAAUUUCAAGAUUCUUCAGGAUGAAACUGCAUUGUGUUAAAAGGCUCCCGCGCAUAUGGUUUCUGAUUCGAAAGAUAGGCCUGGCUGACUGCAACGCUGUUCGUACAAUGGACUUGCUCGUGCCUCAAGGAGUGAUCUGUUGGCUCAUGUACGUUCAUCAGCGAGGCGAGUCAGCGCGUCGAGGGUCGCCUCUCGCUAUUAGGAGAACCAGGGGUUUUAGUUUAGAUAUAAAAAUACAUAGCACGGAGCUUCGGAAUCGUGUUGAACAGCCCGGAUCUUACUCGAAAGGUCGGAAAGUGGCUCACCACAUGCACAUUGCAUUACUAAACUAUUGCGUGUGAUUGCGACAAAUUUGGAAAUCACAUGAACGGCCUACACUUGUAGUACGCACAAUAGAACACUGUACGUUAAACAAUCAGAUGUGUUCGCAGUUGCAGACAUCACUGCACACAAUUAAACACAACCAAAAGCAGAUAAAUUUCGCUGCGCUUGUGUAGACAACAUUGAACCCUGUAAG